AGUUAUGUUUACCUUCAACUUAUCAGGAAAUGAAAAACGAAUGAUUCACAGAAAACCAAAAGCCACAUCUCAUUUUUAUACUUAAAUUCACUUCUCCUUUUCCAUACUUUGAUCAAACACUUUCCCUUGUCUCUGCUUUUCUUUUUUCUUUCCCUUUUCUGGUUGAUUAUGGCGUUAGCUGAGAGCUCGAACUUGCUUUCUUAUUCCUCUACUACCAUGCUUGAAGACGAGGAUGAUCAUGAUACUGAUGAUGGGUAUGAUAAUGAUCAUCAAUCUCAUCCCCAUAAUUUGUCUAGGUUGUCUGUCUGUACCAGUUCUAUGUAUACUAUUGAAGAUGAUGAUUGUCAAGAUUGCGAUCGUAUGAGGAUGUUCGUGUCAAGAUUGUCCUUUGAAAGCUUCGAUGCAGAUGAGGAACUUUCCAAUGACGAAGAAGGGAUUGGCAUGCUUGACCUCUCCUCGGAUUCGGAUGAGGAAACCGGUUGCUACUCGCUUCCAGCUACACCCCCUCGCCAUAGAAAUCGCGGAGGGCGGGUAAAUAAGCUGCUUGUGGGUGUCAAGGAGUAUGCCAGUGAAAAUGAAGCUCAAAAGGGUGAGAUGAGAAAUAAUCUGAGGACGAGGAGAAGAAGGGUUGUAAGAGAAAAAUUGGUUGAUGGUGAUGAUAAGAGUAAAAAGAAGGAUGAGGAGAGUAUGGCUGUGGGAAUGGGUAAUUACCAUUGGUACUGUAAUAGUUUUAGUGGGGAGAGUGAAGGCGGAGGGCUGGUGGUGAUAACGAGGCCAAAGGGAGGGAGGAGGUCAUUGUGCAUGGACAUGGAGGAAGUGAAGGCUUGCAGAGAUCUUGGUUUUGAGUUGGAGCAUGAGCGCAUGCUGGAAAUGCCUGGUCGUGUGUCUCUGUCAGGAUCUACCCUCGAUACAAGCAGCGGUGGCAAUUCGCCUAUCGCCAACUGGCGGAUUUCUAGCCCUGGUGAUGAUCCACGAGAAGUGAAGGCCCGCCUAAAGGUAUGGGCACAAGCAGUGGCGCUUGCGUCUGCGUCUCGACACUGCGGCAUCUGACUGUUAAUGUUUGUGGAUUCUAAUCCAUUCCUCUUUUUGCAACUUUUUAAUUUUUUUACAUCUAAACCAAAAAAGAAAUAUAUCUAUAUUUUGAAGGAUACACAUAGUCUUGAUUUUCAAUCUAGGUUGGAAUUUGGGGAUGGACUUUCUUUUUCCUUGGUAGAAAAAUAUUUUCCUUUUUUGAAGGUUAUCCUGAUCAUUUUGUCGGUAGAUUGUUGUGGUGUUGGGAUUUCAAGGGGGAGUCUCUAUCACUGCUUUCCUUCUGUACAUGUUUCAGCUGUUGUAAAUAUGAUCAGAUGAUCGGCGCUGGACGCCUACCGGUUGACUCAAAACAGUUGAUUAUUACUAUUGUGAUUUUUGAAGCUUGUAUUAA